CUCGAAUCAGGGCCAUGUGACUAGCUCUUGACUAUUCUAUUGGUCAAAGGCACGUGUCUAGGAUACCGGAGUGUAACGUCACUGGGGGCUCGUAUUAAAAAUAAGAACAAAAAUCCGGAGUGAAAGUAUUUCAGGAGCAGUUAGGAGCCCCACUUCUCUGUCCUCAGAGUAGCCACUGACGUCCCGACAGUUGCAUUGCGCAGAAAACAAAUAGCAGCAAACUGGCAAGUUACGGUUCAUCAACCUUAAACAGAGAACAUUCCGUGAUUGGAAGGCGUAACUAUGUUUUUCCUUUGUGACCACGGUGCGCAAAGGCUUUUUAUUGUCGCUAAACCUCACUGACAGAUUUUCUCGCUCAGUUUUAAAAUUUUCCUAAAGUGAACAAAGUGGACGGAGUCGCCCGUGGAGUGGGGUGCGACUGCCUGAGUGCGGGAGAACGAUAAAGGGUUAAGGACGGAAAGUGGAAAGUGUGUCUCAGCAUGGAUGAGAAUGAGCAGAGCGCAAGAGACGCGGAACAGCGAGGAGCGGCGGACGAGUCCAACAGUGCCAUACGACCCCUUCUGCAAGCUCCAGGGAACCUGCAGCUCCCGCACCGAAUCACAAACUUCUUCAUCGACAACAUCCUGCGACCGGACUUUGGCCGUAAGAAGGAAGCGAGCAUCACGCGCGAUGAGGGCAAUCUCGCCGCGCGAGAGAAUCACAACCCUACGGGUCCUAGCACGGGACAGGUGGGAAGUACUGUACCAGCAGAGGGAACGUCCACAACACAUAGCAGCGGAGGAAAGAAGGCAGAGAUAGAGAGCGAAGAGCCCCUGAAGACCCGCGGGGAGAAUGUGGAUCAGUGCCUGGGUUCAGAAUCGGAUAGUUCACAGACCAAUUCAAAUGGACAACCUAACCAGCCUAUGCUGUGGCCCGCUUGGGUUUACUGCACCCGAUACUCGGACAGGCCGUCGUCAGGUAGUCCUAGAUCUCGUAAACCAAAGAAGAAAAACGCAAGUAAAGAGGACAAACGACCACGCACGGCCUUCACGGCGGAGCAGCUUCAGAGACUCAAGGCCGAGUUCCAGACCAACCGCUACCUGACCGAGCAGCGACGACAGAGUCUGGCGCAGGAACUGGGACUCAAUGAAUCCCAGAUCAAAAUCUGGUUUCAGAAUAAGCGGGCCAAAAUCAAAAAAGCCAGCGGCACCAAGAACACUCUGGCAUUGCACCUGAUGGCGCAGGGACUGUACAACCACAGCACCACGUCGAAGGAAGACAAAUCAGACAGUGACUGAGAAGGAGAAAGUGGGGAGGGGUGGACGUGAUGGGUGGGGUGGAGGGGUGGGGGGCGCAAGGUUAUAUUUACAAUGCAAUAAUUCAAAAGAAUAAAGGGCCAGUUAAUAAAUAUACCAGCAUUACUGACGUUAAAUAGAGGCUAUAUCGAAUUAUGUCAAAAAUACAUUUAUUGAAUACAAUUCUCUUAUGAAAUAAUGGUCAAAUUAUUUCAAAAAAUAGGCUAUAUAGGUGCCGUCUUUUGCACUUGGGCAGAGUGGCUCUCUUAAGAAACAAGUGUUUUUAUCGUUCUUCUUUGUCAUGCUGUCACUAGAACCAAGCGUUUUCCACUAUUAACACAACGGGCGUUUAUAUACAUUUAUUAGUUAUGUGGAAAAAAAAAAUGCGAAAACCUUGCUUAAGUCCAAAGAGUCUUUUCUGCUGCAUCCAGGCAACUGUGAGUACUAUGAAAUGCAUUAGAGUUGUUUUAUUUCCACGUUUGUCGUAUCCUAUUUGAUUUGAUGUUUGAUAUAAAAAUGGACGCAGCAAUCGUCGGAUCUCAGCAGGAUUUUUUAAACAAAAAAGAAGAAAAAAAAAAACACUGUUCUUUUUAUUGUAAAUAAAUUCACAGUCUUAGCCUGGUUAAUUUCUAAUGAGUGAAUUGGGGGAAAAAAAUCGAGAAAAAAAAAAAAAAACGCGCAAGAACGUCGUUAACAACAGUGCAUUACAUUGUAGGUUAUCUGGUUGAAGUACCAUGUGAAAUAGCCUAACAUAUACGAAAUAACAAUGGAUUAACCUUCAUAGCCUGGGCAAAACAUUUCAACUAGGUGCGCUAAAUAAAUAAACAAAUGUACCGCAGCGUCUUAAAUCGCAUACAUAGUUUUUAUAAAAGAGCAAUAUAAUCAUCUUUUGUAGCAAAGUAUGUUUUAAUCAUUAUAAUGCUGCCUAUAAACGUGUAGCACUGACAAUGAUUUCGCUUAUGCGCACUCUUGACAAAAGCCAGGGUAAGCGCCACAACACAUCACACAGAAAUAGAAACAAAUAUAUAAAUAUACAGCUAUAUAUAAACACACAACUACCGAAUAAAAAAAAUAAGCAAACCAGCUGUUUACUGUAUGACAGAUGUUAAAAUACUGUUUUAAUGUUGACUUCAUAUUUGUUAUGUAUUUAUAUAGAUUAUAUUAAGGAAAAAAAAAAACUUUAUCCAAUGACCGGUGUUGCUUUUUAUGUGAGAGUAGAUUUCUAAGGUGUUUAAAUUGCUUAUUUAUAUUGCAAUAACUUCUUUAUGUGAAUGAAGCGAUGUUGGGGCCUUUGCAUGAAAGCUGCAAAUUGUCAUAUUAGGGCAUAUUCACGCGUGUUUAGAAAAGUUAAAAAGGUAUGAUCGAGAUUUAAGUUGCAGACUGUAUCCAUAUACCAAAUUGUGGAAUUUUUACUUUUUCAAUCUUUUUGUUUUAUACCUGAAAAUAGUGUGUGACUAUAUAGCCACCAAACUUAACACACUUUGCCUUACAAGUUCAAGUGCGAACUUAAUAACACAGAACUGUGCCGAAUCAGAGAAACAGUAUUAGUUCAAUUGCAUAUGAGCAUAUCUAUGAAUAUGGCCUUCUAUCUGAUAUACGACCUACUGAAUUUACUCAUCAGCGAAGAUCUAUCUAUAAAAGCUAUGUUGAAAGCUGAAAUGAAAAAAAAAAAAUGAGAUAAUACAAUGCUAUUUUUAUUUUGUGUUUACAGGUAAUGUUUGUUAUAUGUGUAAAUAAUUUGUAUCACGUACGUAUUAAUUGUGUAAUUAACUGCCUCCUGAAAUCUUGAUAAGAAUUAAAUAAACAAUAAGAAUAAUAA